AUGACGUCUCAACAUCCUGACUUCGACGAGUUCUACGACGAUCAAGUGACAGCUCAUCGACAGCUCUUUCCACAGCAGAAUCCUUGGGAUCGCAUCACCCAACCGAGUGUCCUAAUCUCUUGUCUCAUCGUUGUCAUCACUAUUACAUACAACUUAUAUGCUUCAACAACCACCUUGCAAGAAUCAAUACGCCUUUUAGGAACCACGCUCUGGGACGGCCUUGUAUUCAUUGUCCCUGAGAGCCUCCUGAAUGCCUUGGAUACGCCCGAUAAUUCUACUGCAACCGCAACCUCCGAGCCGAUGUGUCUCGUCGAACGAAGCCACCAUGCCGUCAAAAGCGACAAGAUGCGGAGGGUUUUGGGGUUGACUCACCCCGGCGGCGUCAUGUCCUCAGUCUUUGAAGUUAGGAAACGCGCCCUCUCCAUGACCGGCAGCGUUCUAGGCUUGAAGACCGAAUCCGAUCGUCCACCAGGUCUUGGCAAUAUGGACAACUCAUGCUACCAGAAUAGCAUACUCCAAGGACUUUCAUCACUCAAACCUCUACCUGAAUACCUCUCCACCUAUCUUGAAGCAUCGAAUAAAAGUGGCGAUCAAGACGUUGCGCAAACACUACGGACUCUUAUCGCCGACCUGAACGACGUUUCGAAUUAUGGGCGCACGUUAUGGACUCCAAGUCUGCUCAAGUCUAUGAGCACAUGGACCCAACAGGAUGCUCAGGAAUACUACUCCAAAUUAUUAGAUGAUAUCGAUAAGAGUGUCGCAAAAGCUAUCAAGAAUGCACAACCUCAACAUCCCGGUCUGGCCGUUAAGAUUGACAAAGACGACGCUGCUGUAAGUGAGUAUAGCGACGACAGUGGUUAUCAAAGCAUAAUAUCUUCACCCGAGAUCAAGUCGAGCCACAAUCCGUUGGAGGGUAUGCUCGCACAAAGAGUGGCCUGUGUUCGGUGUGGAUAUUCCGAGGGGCUAUCCAUGAUACCCUUCACAUGCUUGACACUGAGUCUUGGUUUGAACAAGCAUCAGCAUGACCUGUAUGAAAGGCUGGAUGCUUACAGCAAAGUGGAAGCGAUCGAGAACGUCGAGUGUGCCAAGUGUACCCUUCUGAAGCAUGAGGACCUUUUGUCUAAGUUGGUAGACAGGAUGCGACACAACGAGACGCCAGACGAGCACCUCCAAAAGGCUCUGCGCCGACUUGAGGCAGUGAAGCUAGCUUUGGAGGAAGACGAUUUUGAGGAAAAGACUCUGACGGAAAAGUGCAGCAUUCCGGCCAAUAACAAAGUCAGCUCUACAAAGACCAAGCAGAUUGUUAUUUCUCGUGCGCCAAAAAGCCUGGCUGUCCACAUGCAACGUUCGGUGUUUGAUCCUUCUACUUUCAACAUGAUGAAGAAUUCAGCUCCAGUCAACUUUCCCAUGACAUUGGAUCUUGGCCCGUGGUGCUUGGGUAGUGCCUCCAAUUCUUCGACUCAAGCAUCGAGUGCAGAGGAGAAAUGGGAUGGGGACCCUCGAGAAUCAAUGAUAGCUGGUGACCAAGGCUCAUCCAAAAUUACGGGGCCUAUCUAUGAGCUUCGAGCAGUGGUGACACACUAUGGUCGGCACGAGAACGGGCACUACAUAUGUUAUCGCAAAUAUCCACGACAUAGCCCGCCUGUCAAAGCAGCUGACGAUGAGGAACCUGAUAGCAAGGUGGAUAUUCAACCUGAGCUCGAACGACAGAAUCAAGAGAACGACAACGACGAACCUGGGAUGGACUGGUGGAGACUGAGCGAUCACAACGUCUCAAAGGUUAGCGAGGAUGUAGUGCUAACCCUCUCUCCUGGCGUCUUUAUGCUCUUUUACGACUGUGUGGACUCUACGAUGGCUAUGAACGAUCAAGACGAAAGUAUGCAAGAUGCCAAUGAGGUUGCAGAUCUGGGUGCCGCGACCGGGCUGGCCAGUGCAACGGACAAAACGGCUCAAAUAGCUCAGGGGCACGAAAUUCAAAAGUCCAAUAGCAAGCCAAAGGAGGGAUCGAAUUUGGGAGAAGACGCCACGUCAUGCAUCGCAAAUGAUCAGGUUGCCAUUGAAGCGACAACGCGCGGCUCUAAUUUGAUCGCCAAUACAGCUUCAUUGGUUCAUGUUACGCCAUAA